AUGCCGCGAGGCCAAGCAAGACUCCCGCAGCAUGCCGCGAGGCCAAGCAAGACUCCCGCAGCAUGCCGCGAGGCCAAGCAAGACUCCCGCAGCAUGCCGCGAGGCCAAGCAAGACUCCCGCAGCAUGCCGCGAGGCCAAGCAGACUCCCGCAGCAUGCCGCGAGGCCAAGUAAGACUCCUGCAGCAUGCCGCGAGGCCAAGCAAGACUCCCGCAGCAUGCCGCGAGGCCAAGCAAGACUCCCGCAGCAUGCCGCGAGGCCAAGCAAGACUCCGCAGCAUGCCGCGAGGCCAAGCAAGACUCCCGCAGCAUGCCGCGAGGCCAAGCAAGACUCCCGCAGCAUGCCGCGAGGCCAAGCAAGACUCCUGCAGCAUGCCGCGAGGCCAAGCAAGACUCCCGCAGCAUGCCGCGAGGCCAAGCAAGACUCCCGCAGCAUGCCGCGAGGCCAAGCAAGACUCCCGCAGCAUGCCGCGAGGCCAAGCAAGACUCCCGCAGCAUGCCGCGAGGCCAAGCAGACUCCCGCAGCAUGCCGCGAGGCCAAGCAAGACUCCCGCAGCAUGCCGCGAGGCCAAGCAAGACUCCCGCAGCAUGCCGCGAGGCCAAGCAAGACUCCCGCAGCAUGCCGCGAGGCCAAGCAAGACUCCCGCAGCAUGCCGCGAGGCAAUAUGAAGGAAGGAAUAUGA